AAAAAUAUUAUAAGAUUGACAUGGUAAACGUGAAUUAAAUAAUGAACAUAUUAGAUGUAAAGUAUCUAGGGGUUUUGAUAAUUUUCAAUUGUAUUAGUUUUGUAUUUUCAGAAAUAUUAAAUAUAAAAAAUUUAACUGAUUCAGGUUUUUAUACAAUAAUAAUUAUUGAAGAUGGAAUAACUAAGACCAUGAUAUACUCAACACCACAAAAAAUAAUAACAGAAGUUCGUCAAGGAAAACGAGUACUUUGGACUGCUCUUCCAGGUGAAUCAGUUAAGUGUCUUACUAUUUAUACCCUUGAUUGGGCAUCAAUAAGAGUUAUGACUAUCGAAAUUAAUAAUCCCGUUAAAGAUGGAAUGUAUUAUUUUAAUAGACGUUAUUCCAAUUAUGUAUAUGCUACCAAAGAAAUGUUUGAUUUCGAAUAUGCAGAAAUGGCUAGAGUUGCCAAAUACAUGCAUGAAAAAUAUUCGAAGAGUUCGGAUAAAGUUCCAAUUCCUGAACAGAAACAACCCAAAAAACGCAAAGCCGAAACAGAUGAUACUGGGGAACCAGAAAAAAAGAUUCCAAGUCAACCUGCUCAACCUCAACCACAACCACAACAGCUAGAGCCUGAGGUUGUUCAGGUGGAGAUGGAAUCCGAAGAGGAUGAAUCUACUGAUACAGCAUCCGAAGGACCAAUUGAAGAAUGGGAUAUUCAGAAUAUUCAAUUUCAAGUGUCUUCAGAUGAAGAACAGAAGGACAUUGAUAUUUCAGAUAAAGAACUCAUAUUUUCACCAUCUGAUACGGAAGAGGAACCUGAAUUAAUAGCUGAACACAUUCAAUUUCAAAUAUCUUCAGACAGUGAUAACGAUAUUGAUGAAUCUACAGAUGAUCAAAUUAUACAAUCUGAUGCAAUUACACAAACUGACAAACAGAAUGAUAAUAGAGAUCCUUCAACUCUUCCAAUUAAGAAAAGGCCAUAUAAACCCUAA